AUGGAAGCCAAAGUAAAAGAAGAGGUACCAGAUAAGGACUACCAGCCUACUACCACUGAGAGGCGAAAAUCUACAGCGUCCGGCAAAGAUCGAUCUCCAGACCAGGAGGAGAUCAGAUCAUCUCCCACUCCCGGCCCUCCUAGUCCACAGGUCAACGGCACAACUGCUGCGCUCUCAUCCACCGAGUCCCUUUCACCACCACUCCCUGAAGGAUCAAAAUCUGCCCCAGCGUUGCAACGCCUCCGCAAGUUUCUAUCUGCCCUACACCAAUUUGCAAAUGACGUCAGCGCCGAUACCGGAGAGAGAGUGCGGCAGUUGAUAUUUAAUCUCGUCGCUGGAGUGAUGAACAUAGAAGAGUUCCAAGCAGGUGUCCAAGAGUGCACCAACUAUCCUCUUCGAGCUUCUGUACCCGGUUUUCUAAGGGCUUUAUUGCCAUUAGCGCAAAGAGAUUUACACGCGAAAGCUAGAAGAAUGAAACAGACACCACUGCAAUACAUAAGAUCACAUGAGCAUCUAAUCUUGGAGGCGGCUGGUGAAGGGGAUAUCUUCGCGCAACAGGGCCCCGCUGAGCCGGGGGCGAAGCGGCGCGCUAGUGACCCGUUUUACGACGCCCAAACCAACGGUUCUCAUGAAGAAUAUCCCCCACACGCAAAGCGGCCUAGCCUCUUCAACCCCUCACCGUUCUACCACCUUCCGAGUAAUGCUAGCCUCUUUGACUACCCUUACCACGGUUAUCAUGCGCAGGAGCAGCCUUUUGAGAGAAGAGAUGGUGGUAUAUCAGUUCGUGAUGUAUCGACAAUGAACGCAUCAUUCACGGAGCCACGACCAGCAGGCUUAGCGAAGAACGAUGACGAAUGGAAGAACAUCAAUACGAUGCUCAACUGCAUCCUUAGUAUGGUGGAGAAGACUAAGCGGGCACUGGCUAUCCUCCAGCAGAGAGGGACAGGGGUUGAACCAGCCGAAAAUACUGAUAUAAAGCGAGCUGCAAGCGAAAUAAUGGCCGCUGCAGUUCGACAGACAGAAGAGCGAGUCGCAGAGGUCAGGAGACGUGCUGAAGAUGCUGUUAAUCAGGUAAAACGGCAAGCCCUGCUUGAGUUACAGCGAGCGGUGGGUGCAGCCGAAUCUAAGGCCUUGGAGCUGGUGGCUGCAGAACGUAAGGAGAGGAGACAUUCACCCCCUCCUGGAAGGGAUCUCAGUCCCAGCUCAGCUGGACAACAGUGCUGUUGGAACUGCGGUCGCAAAGCGCAAGAGACAUGUUCGGGGUGCAAUGCGGCCCGGUACUGUGGGGCGUUCUGCCAGCACAAGGACUGGGAGAACCAUCACCAGGUUUGCAGCGGACGUGACCAAAAACCUGCCGCAAUGCUCCGUUCAUCGCCUCCUAUACCCACUACGUUGACCAAAACUCUCCCACGAUCAACCACACCCAUCUCCCAACCUGCAACCACGCCCAUUGACAACCGUCUCUCCAUAACCACCCUCAACCCUGACAGAUUACUCAACCAAAACACUUUGACAGCUGCCAAUGACAGAAUAGCGCUGUCAAAUCUCUCGACGCAAGGCCUCAUCGGUGGGAUUGGCGGGAAAAAAUGA